AUGGGCGCACGGCGCACCCCCGCUCCGGCGACGGCGUCCACCGCGGCGCCAGGCGGAGAGGUCGUGUGCGGCUUGAACGGCACGUAUGCACUGGGCGAGGUGAUCGGGGAGGGGACCUUCGCUGUGGUCUACCGUGCGCGCUCGACGACGACGGGCAGCGCGGUCGCCGUCAAGCGGCUCAAGCAGCACGAGAGCGUCUUUGAGAGCACCCGCGCCCGCGACGAGCUGUGUGCGCUACGCAGGCUGGCGGGCGACGGGCGGAGGCCGCAGAACCCGAACGUGGUGGAGGUGCUGGACGUCGCCAAGGACGGCGAGCAGGUCGACCUUGUCCUGCAGCUCUUUGAGCACUGCGACUUUGCGACAGCCCUCGCCGAGCGGCAGUUCACGGCGCCGCACGUCAACAGCUACAUGCGCGGGCUGCUGCGCGGCCUCGUCCACAUCCACAGCCUCUCCUUCGUGCACCGGGACAUCAAGCCGACCAACGUGCUCUACAACUUUGCCGAGCGGCGCGCACUCAUCGUCGACUUUGGGCUCGCGCCGCAGCUACUCUCGCUCGCCUACUUCGACGACGGGACUGUCAAGUCAUGUCUGGCACAGACUGAAGUGUUUAUGCGCAUUAUGGUGGUUUAA